AUGCAAUUCAAGAACAUCGUCGCUGCUUUCGCCUCUGUUGCCGCUGUCCAAGCCGCCAACGGUACCAACGGUUCUAACGGUUCCAACGGCUCCAACGGCUCCACCACCUCCGUCUCCACCGGUGCCGCCGCCUCCAACGCCAUGGGUGCUGGUGUCUUCGGUGCUGCCGUCGCUGCCGGUGUCGCUUUGUUGUUCUAA